AUGGUUCGCGGCGCCGAGUACGACAACGGAGUCCCUCAGAGCGACAACGCUAUUGAGAACGGCCCCAACAAGGCCCACGGUGUUGGUGCUACUAAGGUUGCCCCCAUGCCCGCUGAGACCGGCUCUCAGCGCGACGUCUUCAGUGGCCUCGGCAGCGCCGGCCCUACCCACUCUGGUAGUGGUAAGGGCGGCCACGAGCCCAAGUCUAUGGGCGAGCAGAAGGGUCUCGGCACCCAAGGCAACUAA